UCGUCAUUUCCGGUUGCGAGACAUGUCUGAAUCUCCAUCUUCACAUUGUGCUGUUAGUGAAGCUCGUACUGCGGGUUCGGGUGAAGUGUUCGUGCAGGAAGAAGAUCCUGAAGGUUUUGCAGAUUUAUCCGAGCUGCCUGUUGAAGUUAGUGAGAGGAGACCGACUUGUUUACGAUGCUGCCGUCCUGUGAAGGUGUGUCUGUGUCCGUUUCUCCCUGCCGAGCCACUGGAUGUCUCCACCUGCCUGUACAUCGUUCAGCAUCCUGCAGAGGAGAGUCGAGUGCUCCGUACCGUCCCCCUGCUGGCCGCCUGCUUACCUAAAGGCAAAUGUAAAGUCCUGAUUGGAAGACGGUUUAACGAAGAGAGACAUGCCGAGUUAGCUGCUGUGUGCAGAGACGCACACACCCUCGUCCUGUAUCCCGGAUCCGACGCUGAAAACCUGGAGGACAUGGACGUGGAUUUCACUAUGACUCCUCACAGUGUCAUUCUUAUAGACGGCACAUGGAGCCAAGCCAAGGACAUGUUCCUCAGAAACGCUCUGUUUCGCUUACCAAGACAGGUGCAGUUAAACAGCGCCCCCUCCAGUCAGUACGUGAUCCGCACUCAGCCCACCAACAUGUGCCUGUCCACACUCGAGUGUGCCGCCGUCACUCUGUCCAUUAUGGAGAAAAACCAAGCCAUACAGGAGGUUCUCCUGAGGCCUCUGCGAGCUCUGUGUUCAUUCCAGCUGCAGCAUGGUGCUCAGGUUCACCACAGCAAAGAACAUCUGUUGAAGAGCGGCCUGUACAACAAACCCCUGCCCAAAAACAAGCGCAAGAUCAAGAGGAUGCAGAAACUCAUCACCAACCAGGACGUCUGAUUAUGAUCAGGACGUGUGUAUGUGUGUGAGAGAGAGAGAGAGAGAUUACAACCACUGGAGCAGAAAUGUGUCCUACAUCUUUAAAUAUUUAUUUGUUCUUGUUAAGUGAGGAUUUUUUUUUUUUUAAUGGAGAUUUUGUUUACUGCUGGAACACCAAACUGCAGAGUCUCUGGUAACAUCUGCAUCUGAAGUGAAAUGCUGGAAAAACCUUUGACUGAAGGUCUGUGAAAGGCUUUGAGAUCAGAUUUCAGUGCUGGUUCAUUGUAGUGGAUUCCCUCAAGAACUUCCAGGCACAUACGUGUUGAUGACACGUCAGUAAAUCCAGUCUAUAUGAUGAUUUAAAUCUUUUGCUGUUUCAUCAUUUUAAAUCUGUUCUGACACCAGCUGGUCUUAAUGAAAAUAACUAAAAUUUGCUGCUUCUGUGGAUUGUGUUUCUCACUGUUGUGUUCUUAAAGAAUGGGUUUUUAAAAUGUAGAAUUUAACAUAAUUUUGCUGAAUUUUUCUGGAAUAAAUAAUUUUUUUAUAAGGA